AUGAAUAACAACUUGGAGCGAAAAUCGGAAAAUGGCGAGCUAAUGAUGAGGUUUCUGGCGCAAUUUCAGAACUUUGAAACAAAGAAACGCCAGUUACAAUGCCAAAAUCAACAGCUCACCGAAGAGAAUCUUCUGUUACGCAAUGCAUUACAAGGCAUUCAACAACAGAUUUUUGCAGCGGAGUCGACCAUUUUGCAGCUGCAACAUGAAAAACAAUAUGUGAAAAAACCAACAAUUUCCGCUAUCUCACCGGAUAAAAUUCAACAACAGGUGCUCAAAUAUGUGUCCCAAGAUCGCCACGAAAUGGCCAUGCUUCUAUGCACGGACGCUGUGGAUGAACUGGAGAGAACUUUUGGACAUGAUCAUCCUGAUGUUGGGACCAUAUUGAGCACCUUAGCGCAAAUCUACCGCGAUCAGUGCAACUACAAGGAGGCUAGACGUCUAUUACACGACGUGCUAGCUAUCAGAGAGAAAACUCUUGGAGUUCAUCCUGAUGUCGUCGCAACUUUACACAACCUCACUACACUGUACGAUAACUGUGGCAAUUCCCAGCAAGCAGAGAUAUUCUGUUCGAAAGCCUUGGAUAUGCAAGUUCGUUUGGUGGGUGAAAGUCAUCCGGACGUAGCCAAGAACCUUCACGUGUUGGCAUUCCUGUGCCAAAGUCAGCAGAAAUUUGGAAAGGCAGGCUUUUACUACGAACGAGCGUUGCAGAUUUAUGAAACAGUUUUAGGACCAGAUGACCCAAAUACGGACGCUACUAGGAACAAUUUGGCUAUAUGUUACGUAACCCAAGGCAAGUUCAACGAUGCAGAGGUACUGUACAAAACCGUGUUGACGAGGGUACAUGAGCUGAAAUUCGGUCCUAUCACUGUGGACAACAAGACAAUAUGGCAGAUGGCAGAGCAACGCGAGGUCGACAAGGGUUUGAGUCGUGAUAAUACGCCAUACAGUCUUUAUGGAAGCUGGCACCGCAUCGACAUGGUAAACUCAUCCACGGUUCAGGAGACUUUGAGGAAACUUGCCACCUUGUACCGUAAACAAGGGAAACAUGCGGCUGCCAGCACACUAGAGAAUUGCGCUGCACGAAUGGCAUUAGCCGACCAAGUCCCACCUGCAAAGGAAACAAGAAAAAUAAAAAGAAGCAGCAAAGCGAAGAAAACCUAUAAAUUACCAGUAAUUAAUAGGUUGAGGCGUGGUGCAUUAUAA